AUGGAGCCUAUAACAACCGUCUUUACGUUUAUCGGCAACGUGUACAAGUCAUCGUUCAAUCAGAGAAAUUUCAUAACACUGCCGUUCAAUUUCACCAUAAAUUUCUUACCUGUCGUCAUCUGGCUAUUCAUCUUUAAACACGUAGGUAUACUACCAAAUGAAAUAAGACCAGAUAUUCACUCCAAAGUCGCUUUCUUAUCCGACCAAUACUUAUUCGGGGAUUACUGGAAAGAAUUGAAAACACAAUACGGUGUCUCUCACUACACUACAAUCUCAUACUUCACUUCAAUAAUAUUCGCCGUCCUAUUCCUUCUAUUACUGCCCUUCAUCGCAUGGUAUUACGUCCAUUACAUCAAAAAAGUUAAAUUCAACCUCGUCGAAUGGUACGAUAACGUCUUCCAUUUCAACAACCAACAAAACACCAAAAGACUAAGAAUCAUACUAUUCCCAUACCUAACACCAUUCCUAGUAUUCGUCGUUCUAAACAUAGACCACAUAUUCGCCUACCAAGCCACAGAAAACUUCACAAAGACAAAGGACAUAAUAGCGUGGUUCUCAUACGUGAUCCUACACGUCACUGUCCCCGUCUUGACCGCAGUAUACCUUUACGUAUUCCAUCCAGCUGGAACCCUUAAAUGUUUCAGUUUCGCCAUGGGGUUGCAAAAUAUUGCCGGUGUAUUCACCCACAUUUUGAUCCCCAUGGCGUCACCAUGGUUCACUCACAUGUACGGGAUCAAUGACACGGAACAUGUAAAUUACACACAGGAGGGGUUCGCUGCUGGGUUGACCAGGGUCGAUAACCAUUUGGGUACUCAUCUGAAUACAAAGGGGUUCCAUAUGUCCCCCAUUGUGUUCGGGGCCGUCCCAUCGUUACAUUCAGCCAUCGCAUUCCAAUGUUUCUUGUUUUUAAUGACCAGAUCAGGAAGUUUGAAACAUAGAUUCAUCAACACAACCAUCCCAACCACUUUCAGAAAGAAUAACGAACAACAGGAUCUGGAAAUGGAACCUUUAUCUCUUGUUUCUAAUAAUAACAGCAGUGAAGACGUCGAUGAAGAUGAAUGUGUCUCUUCCAGUUCCAGUUCCUCCGAUAACAUUAACGCCUUGAAUGGUGUCGAUGAAGAUGGGUUCAAAACGGAUGUCAAUGAAGUCAUUCGUUAUUACGAUGAAGAUCCAACAAUAACGAGUAAAUGGUAUUUCAAGAUCUUCAAUAAGGGACUUGUGCCUAAGAUUUUGAUCUCGUUUUUCAUCAUCUUGCAAUGGUGGACCACGAUGUAUUUGGAUCAUCAUUACAGAUUCGAUCUAUUCGUUGGUGUCUUGUAUUCAAUGAUUAGUUUCGCCAUAAUUAAUUGGUUCAUCUUACAACCUUGUGUUUUAAGAGAAUUCUUGGACAUUAGAAUGGGGAAGAUUGAAGAUAAUAACAAUGAAGGAAGAACUUUGGGUAUGAGAGUGUUCCAAGGAACUAAUUAUGAAUGGUUCUUCGAUCCAUUAGCUUAA